AUGGCCAAAGGCAGACGCUUCAACCCGCCUUUCGACAAGGAUGGAAGAUGGUUCCCCCACAUUGGACUAGCGCAGAAGACAUGGGAAUCCAUCUCCAGUGCUACGUUCAAAGAGCCCCACAGCCCACAUUUCUCUCGACAAAUAGAGAGGAAGCUACCGCCAAUCUACAAAGUCCGGGAGAAGCAAGCUGUCAAUAACAACUUCCCCUUCUCCGUACACGACAAUCGGCACAGCUUGCAGAAUUUUGGAGACUUCCUGGACUCUGGCCUGGGACGUAGGAAGAUCUCCCCAGAAAAAAGGCAACACGUUUCAAGAAAUUUCAAUCUUUGGGCAUGUGACUAUGUUCCAUCUCGUUUUGAUGGCUUUUCAAAUAACCAAAUAUCAUAUGUCUAUCGGGAAGCUGUGGCGGUCCCAGUUUUCAGACGCUUUCCAAGACAUUAUAAUGAGCUAUGGAGUACUUUUAAGUUUAUUCCUGAGCAAAGCUGUGCUGUUUUUUUCAAAAAGGAUCCCAAAGUAAGGGUUGCUAUUGAUAAAAAGGCUGGUUCUCCACUGAAGUUCUAA